AUGGUUACUGGGCUACCAAGGUAUAGAGGCCAUGCCCAUCUGUCACGAUUCCUGCUGGACAUGGGUGCAGACAGCAACAGAGUCGGGCCUGGACGUGCCACAGCACUCUUCAUGGCAGCUCAGGAAGGCCACUGCGACAUAGUCCGCCUCCUUUGUGAUGCCAACGCGGACACGGAAUCAGCCGCCGCAUGUGGCCUAACCCCCCUGCUCGUCGCAGCUCAGCAAGGUCACCUCAAGGUGACACAGAUGCUGGCGGAGGCGGGCGCCGUGACGCAUGGCAGCAACAUGAAGGCUGCCGAGUUAACGAACGAUCCUGGGGGGGCCAUGCCGGAGAGCAUCUGGGUAGGGCCCUUGGGAUAUUUGUUGUUGUUUAAGUUUAAAUACUCUCCUUCAUAA